AUGGAGUUCCUUGAGGCCCGGCUCGAGCGGGAGCCGGAUCUUUACCUGUCCAAAAUGCGGAAGGCUUUGCGGAUCGCACGCGACGUAGAUGUAUGCGAGAAGACAAUCGCGAACUUGCUCAAUUGGCGCGUGUGGACGUACAAGCAGAUAGCUCAGAUGGCACUGGAACGUUCAGAAGUGCGACGUGCACAGUACCUUUAG